GAUUCAGUAAUCUGGAGGUAAAAUGGCGACGGGUGCCAUUUCCACGGAGUGUAAGAAAAUAUCAGAAUUAAGAGUUGUUGAUCUUAAAUCCGAGCUCAAACGAAGGAAUUUGGACACUACUGGCAUAAAGAGCGUGCUUCUAUCAAGAUUGAGACAGGCUAUUGAGGAUGAAGGUGGUGAUACAGAAAACAUUCAAAUUCCACUUUCAGCUGAUGCAUCAACUCGGAAAAGUGGAAAAGUUAAAGGAAAAAGAAUGGAUUCAGAUCCGGACAACACCGGGGAAGAAGAUGCGUUUUCCAAGGAAAUGGAAGGGUACGAAUCAGAUAAAGAUGUAACUGAUACAGAUGAUGGUACUCGUGAAAAUUCUAAGCCUGCACCCUGCGAGGACAGCCUCGCUCAGCCUGAGGCUGAACCAGAGUCAGAAGCUGUGGCGGCUGAGGCUGAUUCAGUGCCUGAGCCAGACGAGGAUGCGGAGGCUGAGCCAGAUGUGGAUGCGGAGCCAGAGGUGGAUGAGGAUGCUGACCCAGAGAUGGAUGGGGAGGCUGAGCCAGAGGUGGAGACAGAACUGGCUGAGACGGAUGCUGAAGCCAUGAAUUCCUCCAAAGAAGCUGAGGAUGAUCACCUAUCCGUCUCAAUCCAAAAUGAAGAUGCCCUCACCCUAGAUGUUGAUGGUGACGAUCUCCUGGAAACAGGUAAACAUGUGAAACUUCCAGAUCCAGAGGCCGAGAAGGGCACUGAUGAGCCAGAGGCCUCUGCUGAGACGGGCCCAGAUGAUGACAUGAAGGUGGAAGAGACGGAGGGCCACAGAGAUGGUAAGAAAGAUGACGGAUCCAGGGGUGAACCCACGAAGAAAGACAGCAGGGAGGCCUUGAAGAAAGCUGAAACGGGAGACAAAGAAAAGGAUUCUGGGAAGAAAGGCCCCUCCGCUACUGGGGCAUCAGGUCAAGCAAAGAGCUCUUCAAGAGAUAGAGAUGGAAAAACUGCAAAAGAUGAAAAGGGAGUCAUCAGCAGUACCAGCAACAGCAGUUCUUCUCGUAACAUAUGGGUGAGCGGCCUGUCUUCUAACACCAAAGCAGCUGACUUAAAGAACCUGUUUGGCAGAUACGGGAAGGUUUUGAGCGCCAAAGUAGUUACAAAUGCUCGCAGUCCUGGUUCAAAGUGUUACGGCUUGGUGACGAUGUCUUCCAGUACAGAGGUGACACGGUGUGUCUCCCACCUUGACUGUACAGAGCUCCAUGGACAGCAGAUAUAUGUUGAAAGGGCCAAAAAUGAUCCGUUCAAAAAAGAAGGCUCAAAGAAGGAACCGGAGGAUAAAGCAAGUUCCAGCAAAUCAUGUGAAAAACGUAGUUCCACAGGGAUAAAGUUGACCAACAAAGCACAGCCAUCUUACAAAAAAGAAGACAAGAAAUUGGAGAAACUUUCAGAAAAGGACAAAGAUUCAUCCAAAAAACAGGAAGCCAGAAGUGGAAAAUCUGAUUCAGUUUCAUCUAACUCAGGACAGGAAUCUUCAAAGAAAGAUGACAGAAAGCAUGGACGUCCGAAGAGCCCAGGAAAGAUGGUGAUGGUACAGCAGGCCAAAGGAGAAUGUAAUUUUGGCAAAUUGAGACCUUUCAGAAGGGGAAGAUAUUUUGAUAAACCCUUUGUCAACAUGAACGUUCAAAGGCGGCCGAAAUGGUUGAUUCCUCCUGAAGAGUUGGAGAUGAUGAGAGAAAGACAGCGCCCUUUUAUUCACAAGGGGGAGGACAUCCUGCCUUUUGAGAAGAUGAAGGAGCAGAGGAUGCGUGAACGAAUGGCUCGGGUGGAGCGUGUUCGUAGAGCUGUAGAGUUGCGCAGACGUCGUGAAAUUGCUGAGCGGGAACGUCGGGAGCGGGAGCGUGUCCGUCUGUUGCGGGAGCGUGAAGAACGGGAGAACUUGCUCCGGGAGCGCCAGAGACUGGAGAUGGAAAGACAAAAACUGGAAAGGGAGCGCUUGGAGAGGGAGCGGCUUGAGAGGGAGAGAAUCCGUAUUGAGCAGGAACGGCGUAAAGAGGCAGAGCGCAUGGCACGAGAACGCGAGGAGCUGCGGAGGCAGCAGGAGCAGCUCCGUUUUGAGCAAGAAAAAAGAAACAACCUCAAAAGAGGCCGUGAAGUGGAACAUGGCCGGAGAGACGGUCCCUAUUGGAAUGGCAACAAGAAGAUGCAGUCUGAGACUGAUGUCCGUUUGAACCAAGGCUCGAACUAUAACCGGCAGCAGAACCGCUUUUCAAACUUUACUCCCCGAGAGAGGGGUCGCUUUCCAGAGGCUGCUGCCGAGCAGCCCAACACGUAUGACAGACGUAACCGGUUUGACGGUGAGCCCGAUGUAAAGAAGAGUCGCCCUGGUCCUCACAGAGAGGGUUCUGGCUUUGAGCGCUAUCCCAAGAACUUUGAAACAGUCCGCAGAGUUGAGCCACCACUGCCUCCUCCACGAACUGAACUCCGGGACACCGACCGCAGGGACAGAGAUGAGAGACGGCCAGUGCCCUUGCAUGAUCGCCCUAUGGGUGCCAGAGCCACAAUGCCAGCUUUGACACACAACCGCUCACCUAGAGAUGGAGGGCAUGGAUGGAAGAAUGAUGGCGGGAUAAACUCCAACAAGGGAGAUAUACGUAAUGCUGGGUUGAGCAGAGGACCUAUGCGCAUGCGUGCAGAGCGAUCAGGCAGAGAUGGUCCAGGCCCUACUCUUAGAGGAGGCUCCACGACCAGUCGUGGAAGGAGCAGCUUUAAUGAUCGAGAUGGAGGAAGACCCAUGGUGAUGAGUGAUCAGCCUUUCAGCUCUGGCCGCCAGGUCGUGGUGGAACGUCAUAACAGGGAGCAAGGCCUGAGGAAGGAGUGGCACGGUGGAUCAAGCUCCCAGGAGAGGGGUUUCCCUGAUAAUCGCAGGAUGGGAGACACCCGGAGCUUGAUGGCUCCUUCCAGUCACUCUUCGUCUGGGCUCAACCGAAUUGUACAGAUCACCAACAACUCCAUUCCUAGUGGUGGCAACGUGGGUGGAUUCAAGCCCUACAAAGGAACGCAGCGGCAGUUCUAACUGUAAUCAAAUUCUGCCACUUUAAAGCACCUGGGAAUUUGAAGGCUUUUCUGAACUCUUUAUUUUUAGAAUGUCAACAAUUUUAGGUGGCACAUUUGUAGCCAUGAGGUUAAUCACACUAUUUUUUUAGUCUAUAAGUUUAGUGCUUACCUCGUUGUAGGGUUUUCCUGACAGUUCUGCUGUUACCAUUAACACCCUGUGCACACAUUUUUAUUUUGUGAAGAUAUUGUACAGCCCCUAGGUCUUUGUAACAAGUUUUCAAGUGAUGUUACCAUCUUCUCCUCUAAUUGAGUGUUGUAUGUACAUUUUCAGUAGUCUAGUGUUGGACUGUGCAUUAUGUCUUAUUUUAGAGUAUUAUAGAGAUCAAAGCGACAAGGAUUAUUCACCCAUUUGGAUGUUUCUCUGUGAGGAAACAUAACAUAAGUCAUACUUGGCGUGGAAGUGCUGUUUUGUAAAGAUUAGUUUUCAUUUGCUAAAACAAUGUCACACUGUAAUCUAGCCUGCAUUUUUAGCAAAAAUACCUCUCGUUGGUCAUAAGUUGAAUUAUGUACAGGCCUGAAAUAAAAAAACUGAUUUAA